CGGUAAUCACAAACACACACACGCGCGCGGCUCCGGGAGAACCGGAGAAACACUUGUGACCGAGAGCUUCCCCAAAACAGCCGCUCCUGCUCAGAGUCCGGCCCGCGGGAGUCCGCGCUUCACGGUACCGACGCCGCCACGAUGGACAAACUUUUCGCGUUCCUCUUCACCGCGAUCGGCGUCCUGGUGUCCGCGAGAGCGCAGGUGUUUAAAGGAGAUUGUGACUUCGAGAAGCCCUUCUCGUCCUGCGGAUACAGCCAAGGGCGAGACGAUGAUCUGGACUGGGAGCAGAUCAACACCAGUGAAAAGCCUUCGCUGGACCCAUGGGUGCCGCCAGGUUCUGCGUUCAUGAUGGUGAACUCAACGGCUCGGUUCGCGGGUCAGAAGGCUUUGCUCUUCAUGCCGCAGCUGAAGGAGAACGACACGCACUGCGUCAUUUUCCAGUAUUACGUGGCGGUACGAGAGGGAGGACGGCCUGGACAUCUGAACGUCUACAUCAAGGAGAACAACAGCCCCAUGGGUUUGCCUGUGUGGAACACGUCUGGACCGGCCCGACGCAGCUGGAGCCAGGUGGAGCUCGCCAUCAGCACAUACUGGCCCAACUUCUACCAGAUCGUCUUUGAAGCGGUGACCUCCGGGCAGCGCGGCUUGCUGGCCAUCAAGAACGUGGUCCUCAAGGGCCAUCAGUGCAUGAACACGCCGCACUUUCUGCAUAGCAAAGGCGUGGAGGUGAACGCCGGACAGACCGCUAUGUUUCACUGCACCGUCAACGGAGAAUGGAGAGACAGCUUCAACCUCCGGCUGCAG